CAGGUACAUAAGGUCCCAGCUGGGGCUAGUGCUUGUGCUGCUGUGUGGAGAGCAAGUGAAUAACUCUAUUCCCCUGCCAUGGCCUCCAAGGAGAGUGACCCCCAGGCUGCCAUCCCUGAGCCCCAGGUACAGGAGCAGCAGGUGCCUGCAGAGACCAAGGAUCUGGUGGCUACUGCAGUUGAAGGGACCAAGGAUGCAGUCUGUGGCCCAGUCACUGGGGCCAAGGCUGCAGCAUCCAGUAUGGUGGAUGUGGCCAAAGGGGCUGUCCAGGAGGGCGUGGAGAUGAAGAGAUCUGCAGUGAGCAGCAGCAUGGAUGCCAUAAUGGGCUCAUCCUUGGGCCAGGAGGUUGCAAGUAGCCUGGAUGUGGUGCUGGGGAAGUCUGAGCAGUGGGUGGACCACUACCUCCCUGUGACGGAUGAGGAGCUGGCUGCACUUGCCACCUCUGUGGAGGGGGCAGAGGUGGCUCAGCAGAAGCAGCAGCAGAGCUACUAUGUGCGCUUGGGCUCCCUCUCGACCAGCCUGCAGCAGCGAGCCUACCAGCACUCCCUGGGCAAGAUGAGGCGUGCCAGACAGAGCACCCUGGAGGCCCUGGCCCAGCUGCAGCAAGCUGUAGACCUGAUUGGCUCUGCCAAGCAGACUGGGGAUCAGACAGUGCACGACAGCCGGGAGAAGUUGAAGCAGCUGUGGCUGGAGUGGCGCCAAGCUCAGCCAGGAAGCCAUGAAGCGGACAGCACCCCACAGCCUGAGGAAAUGGGCUCCCAGGCUCUGUCUACUGCCCAGACCCUCCUCCAGCAUGUGCAUGAUGCCUGCCAGAGCCUGGUGCCUAGCAUCCAGGGGCUGCCAACCAGUGUGCAGGAGCAGGUCCACUGCUGA